CCUAAGCUUAUUACUUCCCCACAUGCUCUCAUAUCUUCACCUACUACCACCACUCUAGAAUAACAUGGAUCAAGCAACCACAACCACCACCAGCACCGCCGCCACGAAGCGGCCCAAAGACGGAGAAUUAAGUCAUGAUGAAGUUACCAAAAAGACGAAGAAAAUCGACAUUGAUCACCCCGUAUACCGCGGGGUACGAAGGAGGAGUUGGGGAAAAUGGGUAUCUGAAAUCCGCGAGCCAAAGAAAAAAUCAAGAAUAUGGCUCGGGACUUUCGAUACCCCAGAGAUGGCGGCUAGAGCCCAUGAUGUGGCUGCAGUCGCCAUCAAAGGUCACUCAGCUAUCCUCAACUUCCCAGAACUGGCUCACCAGUUUCCCAAACCGGCUUCUAACUCCCCUAGAGACAUUCAAGCCGCCGCGCUUAAAGCCGCCGCAAGUUUGGACGUACAAAACCUUAAUUCCAAUAAAGAUGAAGCCGAGCCGAGCCAGAUUGAGCUUCCAUGUUCUUCAUCUUCACCUCAAAGUGAUAUAACGGAUGACCCGUUUCUUGAUUUGCCGGAUCUUUACAUGGAUCUUGGAAACCGGAUAUUCUACACAUUGCCGGAGAAGAUCACCGGAUCAGCCACCGGUAAUAGUGAAUUCUGGCCAGAAGAUCAUUUCUUGUGGAACUAUAGUUAGACAAGCGUGUAUGUAAAAAAUUUAAAUAAGAAUAUUACAAUCAGAAAACCAAAUUUUUAUUAUUUGUCAAAUGGGAAGCUAUAUUUGUUUUUUCCUUCAUUUUUGUAAACUAAUGAAAUUAAUUAAUGGCAUCUUUGAUUUGCAUGAA